CUGUUGCCACGGCAACACUUAACAACAACAGCACCUAACCUGAACCUGGAUACGCUGCACUGUAUCCUGUGAUAAAUUCAGUGUGUUUCCUCGGUGGCUAAAGCGAUUCAAGGUGUGAAAAGAUCUUCAGAAAAGAGGGGGUUGCCAUCAGAGUAGCAAUGAGUCAACGACAGAUCAUUCAAGUUUUUGAGCAAUAUCAGAAAUCAAGGAUGCAGUUUGUGCAAACUGUUGCUGAUCUGGCAGCCAGACCACAGAACACAGAAAUCCUCCAAAAUGCUGGUGUGAUGUCCCUGCUGCGUCCCCUGAUGCUGGACGUGGUCCCUAGCAUCCAGCAGACAGCAGCUCUGGCCCUGGGCCGCCUGGCAGACCACAGUGACAACCUGGCUGAGGCCGUGGUGAGGGAGGACAUCCUGCCACAGCUGGUCCACUCUCUGGCUUCGCAGAACAGGUUCUAUAAGAAAGCAGCAGCGUUUGUACUGCGCGCAGUAGCCAAACACUCCCCCGAGCUGUCCCAAGCCGUGGUUGCCUGCGGGGGGGUGGAUGCCCUGGUUCUCUGCCUGGAGGAGUUUGACCCUGGGGUGAAGGAGGCCGCAGCCUGGGCUCUGGGCUUCAUCGCGAGACACAAUGCAUCCUUGUCGCAGUCCAUUGUGGAUGCGGGCGCCAUCCCCCUGCUGGUGUUGUGCCUGCAGGAGCCCGAGAUGGCCCUCAAACGCAUCGCAGCCUCCACCCUCAGCGACAUCUGCAAACACACACCAGAGCUGGCCCAGACUGUGGUGGACACCGGUGCCAUCGCGCACCUGGCACAAAUGAUCCUCAACCCAGACGCAAAACUAAAGAGGCAGGUGUUCUCAGCCCUCAGUCAGAUCAGUAAGCACUCGGUCAGCCUGGCAGAGAUGGUGAUAGAGGCUGAGAUCUUCCCUGCAGCAGUGGCCUGCCUCAGAGAUCCAGACGAGUACGUCAGGAAGAAUGUCACUACUCUGAUGAGGGAGGUGGUGAAACACACACCAGAGCUGUCCCAGGUGAUUGUGAACUGUGGCGGCUUGGCAGCAGUGAUCGAUUAUCUGGGUGAUUGCCAUGGAAACCUGCGGCUGCCUGGGAUCAUGAUGCUGGGAUACGUGGCAGCUCACAGUGAGAACCUUGCCAUGGCUGUCAUUCUCUCCAAGGGGGUGCCCCAGCUCGCCCUGUGUCUGUCUGAGGAAUCCGAGCAUCACAUCAAGGCGGCCACGGCCUGGUCCAUCGGCCAGAUAGGGCACCACACGCCUGAGCACGCUAAGGCCGUGGCCACAGCUAACCUGCUGCCCAAACUGCUGCAGCUCUACAUGGAUGCCAGCAGCUCAGAGGACCUGCAGGUUAAAAGUAAGAAGGCUCUGAAGAGCAUUCUGCAGAAGUGCACCUACCUGCCAGGUCUGGAGCCCCUCCUCUACGAUGCCCCGAGCAAAAUCCUCAAACACGUCGUGUGCCAGUUCAGCAAGGUGCUGCCUCAUGACAGCAAGGCCCGGCGCUUGUUCGUCACCAGUGGGGGUCUGAAGAAGGUGCAAGAGAUCGAGGCCGAGCCCGGCACUCCCCUGCAGGAGUACAUCAACGCCAUCAACAGCUGUUUCCCCGAGGAGAUAGUCAGGUACUGUUCUCCUGGCUACUCUGAACUACUAUUGGAGAGGCUAGAGACCUACCAACCAGCCUGAUUGUCAGUUAACAACAACCACCCCGUACCACACAUAUACCUUGAUAGUAAAUUCAAGCUGUUUUAUCAAAAAACUGUUUUUCCAUCUUUUAUAAGUGUUUUUUUUUCAUUUAAUAAAUGUGUGUUGGUAGUGACUGCAGCUUGCAUUACGCCCAAGUACACACCAGUGUCGUCACUGUAUGUUGUUUGACCACAGAUAAAAUAAAGAGUAGCAUCCCUGUCACUUUUACAUGCUAUUCCUCACUCUUA